UUAGGAUCUAUAGUCAGGGUUCACGUGACUUUUGACAGUAGCGGGUGCUAGAGUGCACAAAUUCUGUUUUAGGUUCCUAAUUGAUUUUUUUAAUUAACUCAUUCUUUCAUCUUGUUACUUAUGAGAUUAGCGACAGCAGUAUGGAUCGCGUUUCCCCUGGCAACCGUUGCUAUGGGAGCGACAGUUAAAAACUUGGUUGUCUUUGGUGACUCAAAUUCAGACGUUGGUAAUGGCCAACGUUGGUCAGAAGGCCCAAACUGGAGUGAAUAUCUAGCACUUGGAUGGAACGCUUCAUUAUAUAGUUUCGCAUUCAGUGGAUCAGUUUGUGAUACUCGAAUGUAUGAAUCAAUAUCAAGUCAAGAUAGAGUUCCAAGUCUUAGAGAUCAACUAGAAGCUUAUUACACUCUUGGUCUGAAUUUAAAACCAGAAGAAACAGUUUAUGCUUUCUGGUUGGGUGUACAAGAUGUGUUUGAAAUGACAAAGCGACAUGGACGUCAAGAACCUGAAUAUAAAGAAAUUACUGAUUGUAUUGGACAGCAGUUGAGAGCUGCUCGAAAAGUAUUUCUUUCUGAUCGAUUCCUUGUAUUAAAUCUACCUCCAUUUGAACACAUGCCUUAUUAUCAAGAGGAUCAAUCUUCCCUGAAUAAAAGUCAAGCAGCAGUGGAGAUAAACCGUGGCUUAGAGAAAGAUGUUGCCAAUCUCAACAAACAUCAUCAUGCACUAGAAAUGGAUUAUGUAGACAUCCACUCCUUAAUCAAUGAUAUUAUAGUUGAUCCUUCUGUAUUCAAUUUUAAGGAGCCACUUGAACCCUAUCUAGAUACGUGUUAUGGUAAACCAGACUGUACAUUCAACUCAGUAGAUUAUAUUUGGUGGGAUCAAACCCAUUUUACUUCAGGCUUUCAUAAAUCAAUUGCACAAAGUAUUAUUGAUGCAGAAAGCUAUAUACCAAAAGUAGAAUUGACAGAGCAGCUAGAAGAGAAACUUCAAAAUCCUAAAUCUAAAUUUCGAUCAAAGAAAUAUACUGUCAAACCAUUCAAGGGUAUUGUAGAUGAGCAAGCAAGACUUUACGAUAUUCAGAAAUCAAAACCCAUACAACCACAGCAGCCUCCUUUAGAAGAUGAUUUGGAUCCUACUAUGUUUGCAAAAGAUGAGCACAACACUUAUAUUGGAUUGCUUGCUUUCUUUUUAACCUUGGGAGGUAUUAUUGCCUGGAUCAAGUUUCCUCAUGUGGUUCCAUUCAAUUGGAUACGCAAUAGAGAUCGUGGCAAGUUUAUCCCUGUGCGAAAUGAAGAAGUUUAAUCUCGAUCUUCUUUUUCGCCAUCUUAGUUUUUUUUUUUUUU